UAGAUCAAGGACUGUCUGUCCUGACAAGGUGUGACGUGGGCGAAGGUGACCGGGAUCACGGAUUUCUCGUAAUCAAGAAUGUGAGGACAAGGGCGAGUUGUCAACCCAAUCUGUGCAGUAGACUCACGGCUGGGCAGCGAAUGACAGCGCGGAUGAGGUUCUUGGUUUCGCCGAGUGCCCAGACACUGACUGGCGAGGUUUGGCUUCUAGGAACAGAAUCCGAGGUGUUGAGAGAACGGGCGCUUCACGAAUCGGAACUUCCGCAGUUGUCUUGUAACAGUAGAUUCGGAACUGACCCAGCAAAGACCAAGAUCCUAAUUCUGACCUCCACGGAUAGCUGCAGCGAAACUUAUCCAGCAGUAAUCGAAGGGAAGUGGCUUGAAAUCACCGGUGUAAAUUCGACGAAUCUCGGAUCGGUCGAUGGAACACGCGAGACUGUAAUCACCGAAGUGUCGCUACGGCUUGCACGCGAAUUUGCGACAAAGUCCGGAUUCACUUGGAGUAUGUAUGCGAUCGCAGGAAGUGAAUGUGCGCGCCGUCGAAGUGUUUCAGCGGGAAAUCCCAGGAGAAAAGCUCAGCGUCUCCGGAGGAGGGGUAAACGGGCAGGACGUAAAUUAAUCGGACUCGAACGGUGGUCUUAUGGAUGAGAUCUGAAGGGAGGCACAGUAGAAGAUUAGUAAACUGCGCGCAACCUGAAAGAAUCAAGUGAGAGAAAGGUGCCUUGUGCG